UCUUGGCGACAUUACAGGGUGUGAGAGCUCGGCUGGAAAACACAGAAUCGAAGUGCUGGAAGCAGUGCUGAGAGAAAUACAUAAACUCGGUGAGUCUGACAUAUUUAAAAAGGAGUUAGAUACCAAAAAGAUGUCUGAAAGGACUCUUUUUGAACGUUACCUGAACUGCCACAUGUGUGCAGAGAUUUUCACAGAUCCUGUGUCUCUGAGCUGCAACCACAGCUUCUGUUCAAGCUGCCUGCAGACAUUCUGGGAACAAACUGAGAACAAGAACUGUCCCAUCUGUAAAAGAAAGGCAUCAAAAGAACAUCUAUUAGUAGACUUUUCACUGAAGGAACUGUGUGACUCGUUUUCUGGGAGACUGAAAGUGGGAUCAUCUGAGACAGAAAAAGGAGAGAAGAAGGUGGAGGUGGUGUGUAGUAAACAUCAAGAAGAGACUAAACUGUUCUGUAAAGAUGAACAGAGAGCUGUGUGUCCUGUCUGUGAGUGUUCUCUCCACCAGAGUCACACUGUGGUUCCUGUAGAUCAAGCAGUCAGGGAGCUGAAGGAGCAGCUGAAACCUGACUUAAAGUCUCUACAGGACAAGAGGAACAAAUACAAACAAGUGGAGGAAAUAUACAAAGAAGUGAUUCAACACUCCAAGAAGCAGCUGUUGUCCACAGAGACACAGAUCAGAGCAGAGUUUAACAAGCUCCACCAGUUCCUGAAAGAGGAAGAGGAGUCCAGACUGACAGCUCUGAGGGAGGAAGAGGAGCAGAAGGGGAAGACUAUCAGCAGAGAGAUGAAGAGGAUUCAGGAGCAGAUCUCCUCUCUGUCAGACAUUAUCUGUGCUGUUGAAGAAGACCUGCAGAAACACAACGUGGCCUUCCUCAGCAGUUAUAAACCCACUCAGACCAGAGCCAGAGUCCAGUGCUCAGAGUCAGAUCCACAGCUGGUCUCAGGAGCGCUGAUAGAUGAGGCCAAACACCUGGGCAACCUGUCCUUCAGAGUCUGGGAGAAGAUGAAGGACUGGGUCCACUUCAGUCCGGUCAUUCUGGACCCAAACACUGCACACGGCAGUCUCUAUCUGUCUGAUGAUCUGACCAGUGUGAGACAUGGAGACACAUGUCAGCAGCUUCCUGACAAUCCAGAGAGACACACUAAUGGUCCCACUGUUCUGGGCUCUGAGGGCUUCAGCUCAGGGAAACACAGCUGGGAGGUGGAGGUGGGAGACCAUCCUGACUGGAAUGUGGGUUUGGCUAAAGAGUCAGCUGACAAGAUAUUUGUAUCACCAGAACAUGGACUCUGGCGUUUAUUGCAUCGCAGUGGAAAAUACACAAAUGCUGUUAGUGAGACUUUCUCAGUGAAGAAGAGUCUCCAGAGGAUCAGAGUCCAGCUGGACUAUGACAGGGGAGAGGUGUCCUUCUACGACCCUGAAGACAUGACUCACAUCUACACUCACAGAGAAACUUUCACUGAGAGUGUCUUCCCAUAUUUCUGUGUUCUGAAGUCUGGUGAUGCUAAAACUGUUGACAUCAAAAUCUCUGAAACUGACGUGAGCAUUGAUAUGUGCUGAAUACUCUGAAUGUAUUACAACACCUUGAAGAAGUUUACUACUAUGACCAGUGUGAAGAGAGCUGUAGCUUCUGUACAUGAAGGCGCCCUCUCUACUGUCUGAGUGAAAUCUGCACCCUGUGCCUCUGAAUCUUUGAUGAUCAUCAGACAAUAACUGUUGCACGCUAAGAUUUGUGUCUUCUGGUGAGGUGUUUCUGAGUCUUUUACAAAUUCAUUUUUAUUCUUCAGAAUAUGUUCUUAAGUAUUUUGAAAACCUGACAAAGCUUAAAAGGGAUUCAUGCAAUAUUAUUGUUGUCAUCAUUUCCUGUUUUCAUGCAAUUCACUGUGUAAAUGUGCAAAAAAAAAUCAUUGAUUAAAUCAGGUACAUUCUUUGUGACUCAA